AUGUCUAUUGUGGUAGAAGCAAACGAUCGACCUCUCGUGACGUCCUUAUAUGACUGGGAGACUGGAUGUAUAGUGCCGGCAAUUUUGUCAGAUCCGUCGAUGGCAGUCAGUCCGGUAGACCUAGUUAUCGAGGAAAAUGCCGCCCCUUCGUUUGAUAACGAGCCUGACGAUACAACAGUGGAGGAGGGCCUGAAGUAUACAGCAUGGGCGACGGAAUAUGCUAAGGUUCUCUUCGAGCGCGCGCCGGACUAUGAGUGUGCAAUCAAAGCAGGGAAAGAUGCACGACACCUUUGGUUUGCAUUGCGGGAUUGGCGAGGUCAGGACCCGGAAGGAUAUUUCGGCCGCUUGGGGGAUUGGGCAGAGGCCCGGGCUAAAGACCUAAGAGUUGACUGA